AUAAACCUAACCAUAUCACUAAUAAUUACCUCACUUAUCAUUCUUAUCAUCCCCACCCUCUCCAACAUACAUAAACACUACCCCUACUACGUAAAAACCCUGACCCAAAUCGCCUUCUUAACCAGUCUUCUACCUGCCCUCACAUUUAUCUACUCUAACCAAGAUGCAGUCACCUCCAACUGACACUGAAUCACCGUCCAAACACUAGAACUAUCCAUUAACCUCAAACUAGACUACUUCUCCAUAAUCUUCACCCCGACAGCUCUCUUCAUUACAUGGUCUAUCAUAGAAUUUUCCCUUUGGUAUAUAAAACCAGACCCCAACAUCAACAAGUUUUUUAAAUACCUACUCAUUUUUCUCACCAUAAUACUCAUCCUAACAACCGCCAAUAAUCUAAUACAGCUCUUUAUCGGAUGGGAAGGAGUAGGCAUUAUAUCCUUCCUCCUAAUUGGGUGAUGAUAUAGCCGAACAGACGCAAACACAGCAGCCCUACAAGCAAUUAUCUACAACCGCAUCGGCGACAUUGGAUUUAUCCUAGCUAUAAUAUGAUUCUCCACAUACUCAAACACGUGGAACCUCCAACAACUAUUUAUCCUCAACACAGACCCAAAUCUCACCCCACUAGUAGGCCUUCUACUUGCAGCAGCAGGUAAAUCCGCCCAAUUCGGCCUACACCCGUGACUUCCCUCUGCAAUAGAAGGCCCCACACCCGUUUCAGCCCUACUCCACUCCAGUACAAUAGUUGUAGCAGGAAUCUUCCUACUAAUCCGAUUUCAUCCCCUAAUAGAAAAUAACAAGACGGUUCAAACGCUAGCACUAUGCCUAGGUGCCCUCACCACACUAUUUACAGCGAUCUGCGCUCUCACACAAAAUGACAUCAAAAAAAUCAUCGCAUUUUCCACCUCAAGCCAGCUAGGUCUAAUGAUAGUAACAAUCGGCAUUAACCAACCGUACCUGGCAUUCCUCCAUAUCUGCAUACACGCAUUCUUCAAAGCCAUACUAUUUAUAUGUUCCGGCUCCAUUAUCCAUAACCUAAAUAACGAACAAGACAUCCGAAAAAUAGGAGGCCUAUACAAGACCAUACCCCUAACAUCAACCUCCCUAACCAUUGGAAAUCUCGCCCUAACGGGCAUGCCAUUCCUAACAGGCUUCUACUCCAAAGACCUGAUCAUCGAAACCAUAAACACGUCGUAUACCAACGCCUGAGCCCUCACAGUCACACUCAUUGCCACCUCCCUCACAGCCGCCUACAGCACUCGAAUUAUUUUUCUUACAUUACUAGGACAACCCCGCUUCCUAGCCCUAAUGAACACUAAUGAAAAUAACCCCUACUUCGCCAACCCAACUAAACGUUUAAUAGUUGGCAGUAUCUUCGCCGGCUUCAUCAUCUCAAACAGCAUCCCCCCAACAGAUAUCCCCCAAAUAACUAUACCCCCUUAUCUCAAGCUAUCUACCCUUCUCAUUACCACUUUUGGCUUUAUCCUAGCACUGGAACUAUGUCUAGAUUCACUCAGCCCAAACCCCAAAUCACCCUCACCCCUACACAACUUCUCCACCCUUUUAGGAUUUUUCCCUACCCUUGCCCACCGAAUAGUACCCCACCUAAACCUCACUAUAAGCCAAUACACAGCCUCCCAAACACUAGACUUGACUUGACUAGAAAAAACAACCCCAAAAAGCAUUGCCCACCUUCAAACACUAGCCGCGAUAAACGUCUCCAACCAAAAAGGCCUAAUUAAACUCUAUUUCCUCUCUUUCCUAAUCACAAUUACAGUAACAACACUACUAGUUAUUUAA